AUGAAGAGGUCGAAGGUAGAUGCGAAGCCCAUGGGGGUACCAACCGUGGUAGAUAUAAAGAUGCAGUUGCACUACAGGGUGGCAUUACAUUACGUCUCUGGUUCUUGUCCUUCUAUUAGAAACAUCCUCCUUCUGGAUUCCGAGGGGAACCGUGUUGCUGUUAAAUAUUAUUCAGAUGACUGGCUGACUAACAGUGCUAAGGAAGCCUUUGAGAAAGCCUUGUUUUCAAAGACUCAAAAGACCAAUGCUCGCACUGAAGCGGAGAUAGCAAUGUUUGAGAAUCAUAUCAUUGUGUACAAGUUUGUUCAAGACCUUCACUUUUUUGUUACUGGGGCUGAGGGUGAAAAUGAACUCAUUUUGGUUACUGUUCUUCAAGGGUUUUUUGAUGCAGUUGGCCUUCUUCUAAGAGGGACUGUGGAAAAGAAAGAAGCACUGGAGAACUUGGAUCUCAUUUUGUUAUGUCUUGAUGAGAUCGUCGACGGAGGUAUCAUCCUAGAAACAGAUGCUAGUGCCAUUGCGGGAAAGGUUGCUAGUCAUAGUGUAUAUGAGGCUGCUCCUUUAUCUGAGCAGACGAUAACUCACGCAUUAGCCACUGCUCGGGAACAUUUAGCAAGAUCUCUCCUUAAGUGAUGAUAAGAGAAGGGAAAAAAAAGAGUUUUGAGCGAUUAUAUUUCUAUAGCUUUAUCAUUCAUGUAU